AUGAGGGGAAAAGGGGAUGAAGGGUUGAGGGAGGUGGAGGAGAUGGUCCCUGAGGCUAUGACCCCUGAGGUGGGGAGAAAGGAUGCUGAGAAAGAGGGGGAAAGUGAGAGAGUGGAUAGAGGGAAGCUGAGGGAUGAGAGAAUGGAGGGAGGGGCAACAAUGAGGGAGAGAGACAUAGCAUAAUUUGAGCUGCAGGUACAUUCCAGGAAGCCGGCAGCAUCAUCAACCCAGGGGGAAAUGGAGGGAAGAGGGGAUGAGGGAGAGAGAGAAAGAGACAAGGUGGCAGGGGAGAACACUACAUGUUAAAAAAAAGCACCUUAAUAGAAAAUAUAGACUGUCUUUCCUGAGAAUAUUAGGAACCUGGUUAGACUGAACCAGGAUGUGGAGCACUCCAAAUGUCUGGGCCUUGGACACGUCAUGUUAUUGGUUGUUGGUAACAGAGUUGAAGCUGGUCUGGUCUGUGUAGCUGAGUCCUAAAUCUAUAGGUUUUCGCUUCGGGGUUCUCUGGGUUAUUUAGUUCUGGUUGAGGGUGUCCAAGCGGCUUGUGGGUAUAUUGGUAUGUGUGCGUGCAUGCAAGUACAGUAUGUGGGUGUAGUGGACAAACUACGUAACUACUGAAUUCGGAGAGGGUCAAAAUUAGACUAUGACAUCAUAGCAACAACCGAUAUGUACCCUUGCAGUGCACACUGCACUGCACGCCCACAGCAGAUCUGGGUCUGUAUGUAUCAAGCGUCUCAAAGAAGGAGUGCUGAUCUAGAAUCAGUUUAGCUUUUUAGAUCAUAAUCAAUAAGAUUACAUGGACAGGAGGGACCUGGGGCUGUUUGAAUCAAGAGUUUCAAAGUAAGAGUACUAAUCUAGGAUCAGGUCCCCCUUAUCCGUGUAAUCUUAUUCAUUGUGAUCAAAAAUCCUAGAUCAGCGCUCAUACUCUGAGAUGCUUGAUACGGCCCCAGACUUACAGUGUCUUCUUACAGGUCUAGAGUAGCGCUAGCUGUCACGACUGUAAAUAGCUCUGGACAGGGUUACCAAGAAGGUGAAGAGCCCUCCGGGGAGAGAUAGAGAGCCAUAUACCACGGCUCUAACUUCUCUCAGUGCUUUCAAUGCUCUCUCUGCACCAUAAUACACAACGCUAGGUGAACAUCUUAACCUUCUACUGCAGUGGUUAAAGUACUUCUAAAUCAGGGUCACACAGAGUGUUUUUUGGUAGUCUUAAACAAAUCUACUUUGAGACAAAAGUAUACACCUCACACACAUGGUUAUGGCCUUAAAAAAAUAAGAUACCUGUACCAUGUCAGAUAGACAUUUACAUUUAAGUCAUUUAGCAGACACUCUUAUCCAGAGCGACUUAGAAAUUGGUGCAUUCAACUUAGGAUAGCCAGUGGGACAACCACUUUUUAUUUUUUUGUAUUAUGAUUUUUUUCCAAAAAACGUUUAUCGAGUUGAAUUGUAUUACAUUUUUUAGUUUGCAUCCCAAUAUUACACUUAUAUACAUCACAGAAAACUGAAAUAUAAUAAAACCGUUUAACAUUUAAACACUGGAGUUUCAGCGGGUUUUUUGAAAUUUUUAUUAAUUAUGAGAUCAUGAAAAAUAUUAAUAACAUUCCAACCAUAAGGCCACUAGGUCAUUUAACUGCAGGAAAGGGCUACAUCAUCGUUUAUGUACCUACCACGCUUCGGAUACGCCCAUGUGCAGCCAUGUAGCUGAGUUGAGCUGUGUGUGUGUGUGUGUGUGUGUGUGUGUGUGUGUGUGUGUGUGUGUGUGUGUGUGUGUGUGUGUGUGUGUGUGUGAAUAGCUAGAACGCUGAGUCGCUGAGUAGCUAGACCCCUCACUGUCAUACUGCUGACUUCUGGCCAAUGUGGAGCGUUAGUUAGCCAAUCAGCAACAAGCUCUCAGGGGUCUAAAAUACAUACUGAAAAUAGCAGGUCAUUUCCACCAAACAGGAUUUAUUAAUUUAUGAAUUAUUAAAUUAUGUACCCUGACAAAAUCAGAUGUAAUUGGAUUUUUAAGAGUUCAGAACCCAAUAUACCUGUUAUAAUGGUUUUAUUGCAGCAAAGACCCCAAUUUCUCAAGAUAUUGAUCAGAGGAUUGGUCUAGCAUGACGGUUUAUGUUGUAUGACUUGCUCUGAUGCAUUUCACAGAUGGAAAAUAUCAUAUGAUUUCACUUCAACCCUGUAAUGUCCAGUAAUGCUAUUGGACAGAUGAGUAGCACAAGAUGUGUAAUCCAAUGUACUCUAUACGUAGUGAUGAGGCUCCUGAGCUGCUGUCUCCUCAUGGAUGUCUCAAACCAUAAAUAGUGUGGAUGAGAAUGAUUCAGCCAUAUACAAAUUACAGCAGUCCCACAAUGUCUAAAAUUUUGCUGAUUUCUUUAGACUGAGUGUUGUUGUUGAGGUUGUGGUGGUGUCUUGAUGCAAAAGCAGUGCUUAUGUGAACAAUUUAAUGAAAUGGUAAUCUAGAGGUUUUGAGUGACAUAACUGUUAAGAGUGUUGAGUGAGAGAGAGAGAGAAAGUUAAAAUGCAGAUGCACCACUUAAAGAGAUUGAACGGGAUCUUAAGCCCUUAGAAAUUCGUAACAUAUUGUACAAAUUGGAAUUAGUGAAAUAUAAUACGAAUUGCAGGAUUAUAUAUUGAUUAUUAUGUAAAAAACAUUGCAGGAUGUAACGUAUCAUACAAAUUUUCGGGGACAGGUUUUGGCUCGUGAGCGCUACUUUCAAAACUACUGGUUGGAAUUAUACAAAAACUGUGCUGCAUCACUUUAAGACAGGCAGCCUGAGCAAGAUCACAAAACAACCUCCGGUUACCAUCUUCUUGCCUGUGACAACCCUUCUCAACCUAGCGUGGCCGUAACGAGGAAAGUGAUCCUCCUCAGCAUCUUCUUCUCUGAGAGGUCAAAGGUCAGAACUCUAGCGAGAGUCACCCCGGUCCUCGACCAGUCACACCUGAAAUAUGCCUAAAAUGUCACCCUUUUAACCUUACCGGAGUCAGAUUAUCUCUCUCUCGCUCAAAAAUAGGAUCACUGAGCUGAAGAUCUAUAUCUAUACAGUGCCUUCGGAAAGUAUUCAGACCCCUUGACUUUUUCCAUAUUUUGUUACGUUACAGCCUUAUUCUAAAAUGUAUUAAAUAAAAAUAAAUCCUCAGCAAUACCCCACAAUGACAAAGCGAAAACAGGUUUUUAGAACAUUUUGCAAAUGUAUUAAAAUUUAAAAAACACAAAUACCUUAUUUACAUAAGUAUUCAGACCCUUCGCUAUGAGACUUGAAAUUGAGCUCAGGUGCAUCCUGUUUCCAUUGAUCUUCCUUGAGAUGUUUCUACAACUUGAUUGGAGUCCACCUGUGGUAAAUGCAAUUGAUUGGACAUGAUUUGGAAAGGCACACACCUGUCUAUAUAAGGUCCCACAGUUGACAAUGCGUGUCAGAGCAAAAACCAAGCCAUGAGGUCGAAUUAAUUGUCCGUAGAGGUCCGAGACACGAUUGUGUCGAGGCACAGAUCUGGGGAAGGGUACCAAACAAAUUCUACAGCAUUGAAGAUCCCCAAGAACACAGUGGCCUCCAUCAUUCUUAAAUGGAAGAAGUAUGGAACCACCAAGAUUCGUCCUAGAGCUGGCCGCCCGGCCAAACUUAGCAAUCGGGUUCUUGGUCAGGGAGGUGACCAAGAACCCGAUGGUCACUCUGACAGAGCUCUAGAGUUCCUCUGUGGAGAUGGGAGAACCUUCCAGAAGGACAACCAUCUCUGCAGCACUCCAUCAAUCAGGCCUUUGUGGUAGAGUGGCCAGACGGAAGCCACUCCUCAGUAAAAGGCACAUGACAGCCCGCUUGGAGUUUGACAAAAGGUACGUAAAGACUCUCAGACCAUGAGAAACAAGAUUCUCUGGUCUGAUGAAACCAAGAUUGAACUCUUUGGCCUGAAUGCCAAGCGUCACGUCUAGAGGAAACCUGGAACUAUCCCUACGGUGAAGCAUGGUGGUGGCAGCAUCAUGCUGUGGGGAUGUUUUUCAGCAGCAGGGACUGGGAGACUAGUCAGAAUCGAGGGAAAGAUGAACGGAGCAAAGUAUAGAGAGAUCCUUGAUGAAAACCUGCUCCAGAGCGCUCAGGAACUCAGACUGGGGCGAAGGUUAACCUUCCAACAGGACAAUGACCCUAAGCACACAGCUAAGACAAUGCAGGAGUGGCUUCGGACAAGUCUCUGAAUGUCCUUGAGUGGCCCAGCCAGAGCCCGGACUUGAACCCGUUCGAAUACAUCUGGAGAGACCUGAAAAUAGCUGUGCAGCAACGCUCCCCAUCCAAACUGAAAGAGCUUGAGAGGAUCUGCAGAGAAGAAUGGGAGAAAUUCCCCAAAUACAGGUGUGCCAAGCUUGUAGCGUCAUACCCAAGAAGACCCGAUGCUGUAAUCGCUGCCAAAGGCGCUUCAACAAAGUACUGAGUAAAGGGUCUGAAAACGUAUGUAAAUGUCAUAUUUCAGUUUUUUUAUUUGUAAUAAAUUAGCAGAAAUUUCAAAAAACCUGUUUUUGCUUUGUCAUGGGGUACUAUGUGUAGAUUGAUGGUUACCAUGUUCUCAGAAUAUAAGAUAUUCAUGUUGUAGACACGUUUCAUGGGAAUUUUGCCAGAACAUUCCUGUGUCCAAUGUUGUUUAAAACAUAGGACAUUCUGUUAUGGUCCCCUGGAAGUUUUUGUCUUGUUCCAAACUUGUUCCAGGUACAUCCCUAAAUACGUUUUUAAGACGUCGCCUGAAGGUCCCAAUGAAACGUAAACAUUUUUACAGACCACCCCUUGUUACUGUUGUCGACCCUAUCAAGCUAAGUACAGGCAAAAUCCUAGAAGAAAAUCUGGUUCAGCCUGCUUUCCAACAGACACUAGGAGACAAAUUCACCUUUCAGCAGGAGGACAAUAACCUAAAACACAAUCCCAAAUAUACGUACACUGGAGUUGCUUACAUGUCCUCACCUGGGAUUUAAACUCAUAACCUCUUGGUUCACGGCAUUCAUAUCUUCCUGCUAUGCCACCAUGUAUGUGUCAGUUAUCAGUUAAUCUGACUAUUCUCCUAUCAAUAAUUUGAUUUAUUUAUUUCAGAAAUGUUAGGGUUUUCUGUAUAGUUGUCUAAUGUUGGUGGGGCAUUUUACUCUCUUUUAAUGUUACUCCUUUAUCACUAUUAUAAAUCAAAUCAUUUUUCUUGAGUGUACUUUUAACCAAGCUGAGAUUUAAUUCAAAGUGCAAAGUGUAGCAAUACAGGUGAAUCCAGUCACUGACACAGACAUGGUGGCGUAGCAGCAAGAUUGGAAUGCCGUGAACCAAAAGGUUGAGAGUUCAAAUCCCAGGUGACUCCCAUGUUAAAUAAUAGUUACUGUAUAAAUGAACAUGCACAAUGUAAUUGAGCCGACAAGGUGAAAAAUCUGUCGAUGUGCCCUUGAGCAAGGCACUUAACCCUAAUUUCCUCCAGGGGCACCAUAUAUCUAUGGCUGACCCUGUAAAACAACAUAUGUCACUGCACCUAUCUGGUGUAUGUGACAAUAAAACAUAUAUUUUUAUUUACAUGCUAGCUAAGCUAGCAUUAGCACACUACACUAUGGUGGAUUCUGUGUAGAUUUAGGCUAUGAGUCACAUCUAGACUGUGUAGCAUUGCUGUACUUGAAUAUGUGUAACAUUUUAUGAAAAUAUAUCUAUGUCUGCCUGGCUGGGCAUUUUAGUGUUGCAGUGUCUACUGUGUAUACACAUCCAAGUCCCAAGGAUUGCAUUAAAAGUAAAAGACUUAAUAUGCUGAACCCUCACUAAUUAUCGCCUGAGGCACCUACAGUAAGCAUAGUAAAGUACCUAUAUACAACAUGGUUCUGCACGCUUAUCAGUUUCACAAUGGGAUUCUUAUGUCUUAAAUUUGACCAGACAAGUAGGCUACCUCUGGAUCAUACCCAAUAAGAGGAACACGUAGAACGUUGGGAUACCAGACAUCAGAUAACUCUGCAACAACAAAUCUUAUAAUGUAUUUUCAGUCAUUGUCCACCUAAUUCUCCAUGGCUGAUAUUGGCCACCAUUGCUCUACCUAUGGGUGAAGGGUAGGGACUGUAAGCUAGCCUGUACCAUGUAUCUAUGUUGGGGAGGCAGGGAGUAGCAGAGGUUAGUAAAGAGACUGUAACCCAAAGCCUGAGGAGCGAAUGUACUGUAAGGCGAAAGGUCAAGGGUCAACCUUAUAGGCUGAAUGGGAUACUGGCUAAAGGGGGCAGCGGGCCACCGGGUUCUACAUGUUUUUGAAUGGGGGGCAGCAGGCAGUUAAGCCUUUAUGGCUCACUGGCAUUGAAGAGGGGAACAGUGAAAAAUAGAUGCAUCUAUCCGUAGUCCAAAUGCUAAGUUUUCUUGGGUCAAACUGGGGUGUAGUUUUUACUCUUCUUUGGGAGAGGGGUGGAGCAGGCCUGACAUGAAAUGGGAUAAGGGACAGCGAGCUUAAAGCUCACAGUCCCUACCCUGCAAACAGUAGUAGAGCAUGGUGACUGUAGGGUGUCCAAUCAAAAACGCAUAUUUUGACCAACAGGUAAAAUACUAUGUUAACUGUGUAGACAAUCCUCCAAUAAAACCAAUGGUCCAAUGUCUCUAUCACGAUCUGUUCAAAAGCUAUUGGAGUUUUUACCCUUGUAGGAUGGCCAGAAUUAGGGUCGGCUAAAUCAAUAGAGAGCAACAAGUGGUCAAAAAUCAGGAAAAUUACACAGCAUCAUGUCAUCUAGACUGGAUACUGUGAGAGAAUAAUGGCUACUGACAGUCUCACUUUCCUGUUGUACUCAUCAUCUUUCUUCUUGUAUCCACAGUACAUAAAACAAUAUAGCGGUAAGAUAGAUAUCGAUUUUGAGACAUGACAUAUUUUAGUAUACGCUUUUCAUAUUAUUGCAAAAUUCCUGUUCUUUUUCGAAGAUUUCUCACAAAAACAAGCGAAUCUCUGUGAAAUGUCAAUGGAGCACUGAGUGAGCGUACCGCAAGCUUUUUUAUUUUCAAAGCCUUUUACAUUUAAUUCAGCUCAAAAACCUUUACACACUGUGGCCCUCAAUGGCUGAUAUUAGGUAUUUAGGUAUUUUAUUAGGAUCCCCAUUAGCUGUUGCAAAAGCAGCAGCAACUCUUCCUGGGGUCCACACAAAACAUGAAACAUGACAUAAUACAGAACAUUAAUAGAAAAGAACAGCACAAGGACAGAACUACAUACAUUUGGACAGAACUACAUAUAUUGAUUGGCCACCCCUGGAGCUACCUGUGGAUAAUAGUACAUUAGCUAGUUCCUCCACAUCUUCCUUGCAUUACUAGCUGCAUCUUCUACAGUACCAUGUGGAAUAGACAUUCCCUGUUGUAUUGAGCUGAAGGUUCAGACUGUCUUCAUGGCAACCGCGUCACUCUCCUGGCGCCAUGCUGUUGAUGCAAAAUAACAUCAUCACUGCUCAUUAGGCAGCAGCAACAAUAACAAUACUUUUAUUACUGCCAGUUCUCAUGAGAGUAGCGAUAUAAUGCAAGCCCAGAGUUACUAACUAAGAAAUUAAAAAGGUUUUGAAAGUGGUUGAGUACAACAUUUGUGGAUGAUUAAAAUGUUACAAAGGAUAAAGUAUCCUAUGGUUAAGAUAUUGUGAAGGUCAAUAAACUGUGUGUCUUGGGCUUCAUAGUUUGCGAUGUCUAUAUUCUAUUCAAUCCAUUACUCUUAAUUGUGAUAAUUUAAUGUUAACACAGUUCCACGGUCCUGCUCUUCCUUAUAGCCCUCUACUUCCUGACUGUACGCUCCAUAAAUGCCUUUCCUCUGAUGGCACUUUGGAAUUAACAGAUCCACAGGACAGCAUGGACCAAGUCCAGACCAUGAGCUUAGUCAAUCAGUGAAUGGAUCAAGAGCUUGUUGAAAGGAUCUACCAAAGCAUGGCAUCUCUGUGCCAGCCAGCCAGCUUGGAGACCACAGCCAGCCAGUCAGUCAGUUAGUUAGCAGCCAGCCAGCCAGGAGACCACAGCCAGCCAGUCAGUCAGUUAGUCAGCCAGCCAGCCAGGAGACCAUAGCCUCAUUGGUUCUGACUCUGACCAUGACCGCAACCCAGUCUCAUCAGUCAUGAACUGACUGAUACAGACUUCUCCCACUCCAAGCCAAAAUGUAACAUCUGAUUAUCUUAGUAGUGAAGAGAACAAAGACUGUGUUCCUCAAUAUAAAAUGGCUUCCUUUCCUUGUCUCCUCUAUGGCUUAUAACUAGGAAUAUGAGUUUUACCUGACCAGGAACAAUUCUGGAAAUAGCUAUGGAAAAAAACUUAGUGAAACACUCCCUAGUUAUAGGGAGAACUCUAGGCUAGGGCUCAAGUUUUAUAGUGGUAAGGUGACAUGGCCAUGAAAAACUGGUCCUACAGAUAGCUGGAAGGACAGGAUAUAAUUUCCCCCUUGCUUCCACCCGUCGUGUCUUGCCAGGUCCUUGUCUUCGAGGAAAUGGCACGUGGAUAGAAAGAUAGUUAAAGUUAUUGAGACGCACAUUCAUUAAUCACAGCCACAGUGGCAAUUGUGGGGCUAUGAUACCGCAAGGUGGAAAAACACUCACACAGAUAAUUAUUUAUUGAUGUGUGUGUGUAUGUGUAUGUGUACAGUGGGGAGAACAAGUAUUUGAUACACUGCCGAUUUUGCAGGUUUUCCUACUUACAAAGCAUGUAGAGGUCUGUAAUUUUUAUCAUAGGUACACUUCAACUAUGAGAGACGGAAUCUAAAACAAAAAUCCAAAAAAUCACAUUGUAUGAUUUUUAAGUAAUUAAUUUGCAUUUUAUUGCAUGACAUAAGUAUUUGAUACAUCAGAAAAGCAGAACUUAAUAUUUGGUACAGAAACCUUUGUUUGCAAUUACAGAGAUCAUACGUUUCCUGACCAGGUUUGCACACACUGCAGCAGGGAUUUUGGCCCACUCCUCCAUACAGACCUUCUCCAGAUCCUUCAGGUUUCGGGGCUGUCGCUGGGCAAUACGGACUUUCAGCUCCCUCCAAAGAUUUUCUAUUGGGUUCAGGUCUGGAGACUGGCUAGGCCACUCCAGGACCUUGAGAUGCUUCUUAUGGAGCCACUCCUUAAUUGCCCUGGCUGUGUGUUUCAGGUCGUUGUCAUGCUGGAAGACCCAGCCACGACCCAUCUUCAAUGCUCUUACUGAGGGAAGGAGGUUGUUGGCCAAGAUCUUGCGAUACAUGGCCCCAUCCAUCCUCCCCUCAAUACGGUGCAGUUGUCCUGUCCCCUUUGCAGAAAAGCAUCCCCAAAGAAUGGUGUUUCCACCUCCAUGUUUCACGGUUGGGAUGGUGUUCUUGGGGUUGUACUCAUCCUUCUUCUUCCUCCAAACACGGCGAGUGGAAUUUAGACCAAAAAGCUCUAUUUUAGUCUCAUCAGACCACAUGACCUUCUCCCAUUCCUUCUCUGGAUCAUCCAGAUGGUCAUUGGCAAACUUCAGACGGGCCUGGACAUGCGCUGGCUUGAGCAGGGGGACCUUGCGUGCGCUGCAGGAUUUUAAUCCAUGACAGCGUAGUGUGUUACUAAUGGUUUUCUUUGAGACUGUGGUCCCAGCUCUCGUCAGGUCAUUGACCAGGUCCUGCCGUGUAGUUCUGGGCUGAUCCCUCACCUUCCUCAUGAUCAUUGAUGCCCCACGAGGUGAGAUCUUGCAUGGAACCCCAGACCGAGGGUGAUUGACCGUCAUCUUGAACUUCUUCCAUUUUCUAAUAAUUGCGCCAACAGUUGUUGCCUUCUCACUAAGAUGCUUGCCUAUUGUCCUGUAGCCCAUCCCAGCCUUGUGCAGGUCUUCAAUUUUAUCCCUGAUGUCCUUACACAGCUCUCUGGUCUUGGCCAUUGUGGAGAGGUUGGAGUCUGUUUGAUUGAGUGUGUGGACAGGUGUCUUUUAUACAGGUAACGAGUUCAAACAGGUGCAGUUAAUAAAGGUAAUGAGUGGAGAACAGGAGGGCUUCUUAAAGAAAAACUAACAGGUCUGUGAGAGCCGGAAUUCUUACUGGUUGGUAGGUGAUCAAAUACUUAUGUCAUGCAAUAAAAUGCAAAUUAAUUACUUAAAAAUCAUACAAUGUGAUUUUUUGGAUUUUUGUUUUAGAUUCCGUCUCUCAUAGUUGAAGUGUACCUAUGAUAAAAAUUACAGACCUCUACAUGCUUUGUAAGUAGGAAAACCUGCAAAAUCGGCAGUGUAUCAAAUACUUGUUCUCCCCACUGUAUGUGUGGUUGUUUUUGCUUCAUCCCAUGUGACAACAUGUGACAGAACAACAACAACUUUAUGAAUAUCUUGUUAUUUAGUAUGAGCAUUUUAGAACUUCUAGAACUAUAGCUCCUCCCUGUGUGUGUGUGUUUACCUUGAGCAUUUGUCUUGAGUGCCCACCAGGUUGGCGGGGUAGAAGGUUUUCACUUUUGGGACGAUUCUAUUGGUUUCUGUGCCCCAGGCAAGCUCAAUCAAGUGCAGCUAAAACAUUUAAAAUUAUUAAAAAUAAUAUUAGAACCCAUGUCUGGAAAUUAGCCGUAUACAGGAGAGGUAUGCAGUGGCGACCCGUCAUUCAGGGCAGGUGUGGCAGAGCCAGUUUGCAAACAAUGUAAAACAAUAAAAAUAUGUAUCAUUGAGUCAACACAGCCGCAUACAAACAUGGUCUCUUUUUUGCUUUCUUGAGUAAGGCAGCUCCAAAAUGUAGUUGUUUCAGCCUAGCUCAGUGCUUUCUGUGGUAGUGGGGCAGCCAGUGGAAAAUACGGAGCGUAGGGGUUGGUAAUGUUCUUUAGUUGCGCCGUGAUUGGCUCAGUGUUCUGUCACUCAUGGGGACACUACGUGACCGCCAAAUCUAAGGGUAGAGCUCGAAAAUUCAAGUCCGUUGGGCGCUGCCAUAGAGUUACAUUAGAAGUGCCCAUCCAAGAAGGCUCAAGGUCAUUGGCCACAGAUAAAAUGACGUCAAAUCACGUUAUAUCUACAGUAGCUUUGAUUGGACUGAUCAUGUCAACAUCAUAUUUUCUAAAUAUUAGCUAGCAGUCGUCAUCAUGAAUCAAGUCGACAAUCUACUGGCAAAUCCUUUUUAAUCCUUGUCAUAUGAAGAGAAAUUAUAGAUAAAACGUAUCGGUGCUCAUCGGCCAUUGGACAUAAACAUUACACAACAAGUUGGAAAUCGCAAAUUCAACAAUGAGUGGUUUGGAAGGAAUCAGUGGCUAACUGCAAGCAUUGCAAAGCAAUCACUAGCCUGCUAUUCAGUGGAGUGGCUGUGUGGUCCCAUGUCUAGUUUUAAGGGUCUCUUUUCCAAGCUUAAAAUGAUAAACAUUCAACAUUGGCCAUGCUGUCAAUCCAGCAUGAUUUCUGCCGCGCUCAAAACAACUGUUAACUCGGAACUGGGAAAUCUGACUUCAGUGAGUUCAAGAGAACUGGGAAGUCGGGAAAAACCGAGCUCCGACUGGGAAAAUACGUUUUGAACAGUCAUCCAACUCAGAAUUGUAAAUCAGGAACUCAGGCCUCUUUCUAGAGCUACGACCUGAAGAUCACUGAAGUCAUCAUGAUUCGACCUAGUUUUUUUCCCCGAGUUCCCAGUUGUCUUGAAAGCACCAUAAAUCCAGAGAAUGCCAGACUUUGAUGACAAAGUUUGAUGACAAAAUUUGCCCACGAAGGACCGCCGCGCCACCUUCCUGUUCAAGUGAGCACAGCACAACAAGGUGAGUCCAGAAAUGUAUUGUAUUCUGCUGCAUUAAUGAUGUAAUAUGCCAGGGCGAUAUGUAUACUGUAGCUAAGAAAGUAAUGCUAAGUGUAUGUUGUGUAGUAAGUUGUUAGUAGCCCAUGUGCCUCACCCUAAUAAUUUGGUCUAUUUGCCCCUCUUAAUUUCACCAACUGUUCUGACUUAGUGGUACACAUGUAGCCUAUAACCUGUUUUAGAGAAAUGUAAUCAUUGAAUAUUGUAAGAGCUUUAAUUGUCUGCUUAUGUGCCCCCUUUAUUUAUCCUACGGAUCUGAAUUGGUGUACAGGGAGAACACUGUAAGAACGGCCCUUGUUUUGAAUUCUGUCACUGUACAUUUCAAAAGUGCUGAACAAAUAGUUAUAUUGACUAUGUCCGUCCUAGCUCGGUCAUUAAUGUCUUAAUCGAAAUUACGGAUUGCCUCUUAUCCGCUUGUCGUCCCCUUAUGCCAUAGUUUGUACAUCUCAACUGUCAGUAGAAACAUUUGUUUAAGCAAGUCAGCCAUUACAUUUACAUUUUAGUCAUUUAGCAGACGCUCUUAUCCAGAGCGACUUACAGUUAGUGAGUGCAUACAUUUUUUUUAUUUUUUAUUUGUUCAUACUGGUCCCUCGUGGGAAACGAACCCACAACCCUGGUGUUGCAAACGCCAUGCUCUACCAACUAAGCUACACGGGACUAUCCAGCCAUAUCAGCUAUGUUUUUUAAAAAGGCAGUUAAUGAGGCUGAAUGAACUGUUUCACUGCCAGACAAGGCUCCGCUGAUAGCCAGGUGUAGCAGUGGUAAGGUGUUGGGACUCUGCUGUUGGGACAGCUUUAUGUAGGCCCUAACAGUUUGUGGGCACCAUUUGUCACUGUUAUAGUGCAAUUAAUGUAUUGUUUAGUGUUGUGUUGUGGCUUUGCUGGCAUGCAUCCCCCCUUUGGCUGUCCCGAUAGGAGAACCCUUUGAAUAACCAUUUUUGGAUCCAGGUAGAAGCCUUUUGGUUCUAUAAGGAAUCCAAAAGGGUUCUACCUGGAACCAAAAUUGGUUAUCCUAUGGGGACAUUACUGUGUUUACGUAAUGCCAAGUGACCCUUGUACUAUCCUCACCAACCAACCCAUAAAGAAACUAUGGAUGCAUCUCAAAUGGCACUCUAUAUACUUGAUCAUUAUACUUAUGUAACCGAUGUGAAAUGGCUAGCUAGUUAGCGGUGCGUGCUAGUAGCGUUCAGUGAUGUCAUUCGCUCUGAGACCUUGAAGUAGUUGUUUCCCUUGCCCUGCAAGGGCCAUAGCUUUAGUGGAGCAAUAGGUAACGAUGCUUCGUGGGUGACUGUUGUCAAUAUGUUCAGAGGGUCCCUGGUUCGAGUCCAGGUUUGGGCAAGGAGAGGGACGGAAGCAACUGUGUUAAACUCACACCAUCCAAUGAUCACACAGCACUGCAUAAACAUGAUACAAUUCUGUAAACAUCCCUGCACUACACCCCAGUCCUAGCGAUUUGUACAAUAUCUGUUCAGCGCUAAAAAAGAAAGAGCAGGAUAUUGGUCUCAGGCCCUUAUGAAGUCUCUAUCCCCAUCCAUCCUAUCAACAGUCAGUUUUCCCACUGCACUACAGCACACCCCAGUUUUCUAACCUAGUAGAUAAUCAGACUCCUAUCCCCAGAUUCUGGACACACACACACACACACACACACACACACACACACACACACACACACACACACAGAUUCUGCAGCGUUGGCUGGCUGCAGCCUGUAGCAGACAGCUAUGGGGGUUCUGUACUGUACUUCUCAGCAAGUCUCCAAAGCCUUGCCAAAAUAGUCUCUGAUGAAGCCAGAGAACCGUCCGUCUGGCUGCUCUCUCUCUGUCUGUGUGGAGCUACAUUUAACCCACCUACUAACACAUGGUGCAGUUGAUGGUGGCGACUAGGUUGCUGAGCUUUAGUUGAUUUCUACUGUCUGCUCUGGAAUAUAUAUAUAUAUAUUUUUUAAUUUUAGGACCAUUCAGUGAAUGUCUGGGUGAAUAUAAUCUGCUGUCUGAAUAUCAUUUGUAGAAUCUGAGGUAGAAUUCAGAAGAAUAUUGGACAUUAAAGCCUAGAUAUCUCUUUAAUGUCUCAAAGAGAGUACAUUUCAAUUGUUGUGCUUCUAUGAGGUGGAUUUGACCUCAGUGCAGGUUCAUUGAGGUUGUGGUUCCCAGAUUUAGUCACAAGUGACAGGCAACGUGACACACUGUUAUCCAUUGUGUUUGUACUGUAAGGCCUAGACUCUAGAGGACACACACACAUGCAUGCACGCACACACACAACGUUGCUGUUGUUUUAUAAUAGCCUGUACUUCAUGUUGUGCCUAAUGAUUAAUAGAUGACCCUCCGCUCUCUCCGUAGGCCUACUGGAUGUUGGAAUGUAUUUUUAUAUCUUAUUCAUAGGAGAGGUAAUGUCAGGGAAAACGGUGCGCACGCAGAGAGGGGCAUUAUUUCUGAUACCUCAACCUACCUGUAAUUGUAUGUAAUUUGUAUUUUAGUUUGAUACACUAGUCUUUAGAAUAUCUUGUAUUUCUAACAAUAUAUAUUUGUAUGUAUCUUUUGCCCAUCUCUGCAUGCAUGCAUGCACGCACGCACGCAAACACGCAAACACACACACACACACACACACACACACACACACACACACACACACACACACACACGAAAAGACAAGGGAGCAAAAAAGUGCCUGGUUAAAGUUUAAAACUCACAUUUUUGUAUUUACAUUUCUUGUUUUAUUCCCUCAAACUAGAACUAGAGAGAGAGCCAAAGUAGGAAAGGGUGUAAGGGUUGUCAGUCGUUGGUGUCAUGGUUACUUUGAAGUGUAAACAUUAGAAACACCUGUUCUUUGGAGUAUCAUGUGGUAAUGUCUUUAGCUUAAUAUGUAAACUAUCUUGAGCACCAGUGGAGCCUGCUGAGGGGAGGACGGCUCAUUAUAAUGGCUGGAACGGAGUAAAUGGAAUGACAUCAAAUUACAUGGAAACCAUGUGUUUGAUGUAUUUGAUAGUAUUCCACCCAUUCUGCUCCAGCCAUUACCAAGAGCCCGUCCUCCCCAAUUAAGGUGGCACCAACCUCCUGUGUUGAGCACGUUUGGAGUGAUACACAAUAUACAGUACAGGUUGGUAAAUAAAGGAUCUGUAUUUCUAAGUAGUAUUGUAGGUCCUGGAGUUUUUGCAGUUCAGGUCAUGUGGUCUGGAAAAACUGAUGGUCCUAGCAAUAAGUAGUAUAGUUUACCCCAGUUCUGUGCAUUAUUUGACAUCUUAGGUGUUCUGCUUCUGACGUCCAGGUAAAACAGCCAGAAUGAUGUACUCCAGCAGAAUAGACAGUUUCUGAUAAAGCUUUGCCACAAAGCCUCACUGUUCUCCCUGAUUGAUUUAUCCCGCUUGGCUAAACAGCAGCUGAACCUGCAGAGUGAUGUGUGACGCGAGGAGAACAUUGGCUGGUUGGCUGGUUUCGUGUGUGACAUAUUUGCGAUGGAGCUCAAAUAGGGAGCAUGAGUCACUCCUCCAGACUCAUAUCUGCACUCCUCAGCUAUCUACCAGGAGACACUGUAGUAUGUGCUGGUGUGAAGUCCGAUAUGAUUUGGAAUGGACAUUCAAUAUCAUGUAAAACUGGAAUGAUAGGCUAUUAAAGGUGCAUUCUGUAAAUUUCAAUUCAUUUGAAUUCCCCAGUGGAAUGAGAUAGGCCUAAUACAAAAAUAGCCUACAUCUGGCUAAGACCGUUACAAUCAUCAAGACCCACUACCUACUAGAAAGAACAGGGGCAGCACUUUUGACCAGAAAUAAAAGUUUCAGAAAUCACAUAUUUCAUACCAGGAAAGCAUUUUUAUUACAUCUAUGUCUAUUCAGGGCACUUCUUUUAGCCACACCUACGGUAUGCGACUCAGCAACGUGUAUACAUCUGGUGUUUAACUCUUUAAUGCCCACCCUGCUCAGUGUUGUUGUAACAUGUUGGUGUAGGCUGUAGGGAUGCCCUGGUGUGUUAAAGCUACAUCAUCACACACGAACACACACACACUGGUGUUUUACAGUUACAUGCAUUAAUUAUUGACAUUAUAGCUAGAAGCGGAUACGAUAGAACUGGAAGGCUCCAGGCCUUCUUUUGAAUUGUGAAAAGCCUUUGUGAUAUUUGGGAUGUGAAGUUGAACUGACGUUGAGUAGAGAAGCACUGACAUACGACAAGUUGAGUUGGAGUGAGAAAACAAACAUGGUGACCAAAUGAGAGAUUCUACAUCUUGGUAAAAUCAUUGGAUGUUAUAGCUGCAGAGAUGGUGUUUCUAUGUUUGAAUGAUGAGGAUGAUUUGUAUUUGAAUAAAGCUGGGAAACGUUGCAACAGUAGUCAUAGAAACAGGGAAGGAUGCACAUGCAGCCAUUUCCACACACAACCUAUAACCCCCCCCCCCAUCAUCAUAGAGACUAUCCCCGUGAGUGGCUCAGAGGUGACGCACACACAGAUGUGUGGUGACUCAUCGAACAACGUGCACUUACAACCACAUUGGCAGCGAUAAAGAUACUAUACAGCUUCCAGAACAGUUUUACUGCACUGCCACACAGCAAGGUUGAGGUGACCUGAUAGAGCUAUAGCUGUACUGUAACCAUUAGUUAUUUUAGUUUAUGGACAUGACAUGAAUGCACGAUUUACAGGAAAUUACGGAUCUACUGUGCUAGCUGUGUGUUUUCUAUGCACUUAGUCCGUCCCUCAUUCAACCAUAGAAUAUGAAAGAGGUUGCCUCUAAACAUUGAUACAGAGGCUGACACUUCUUCAACCAUCUUGGUAUGAUUGAAGGUUGGGUAAUCUGAUCCAAGAUCUGCGGUUAGGAGGAACUUCUACCACGUCAUCUUUUCCCUUUGGUCCCAUCAGCCAACACCUCUCAUCUGUGUCUGGACAGUGAGAGAGGGAGCCAAGAAGUCACAGUGCUAAAGAGAGUGCUAAAGAGAGAGGUCACAAUGAGUUAGAUAGAAGCUGCAGUCAGAGAGAAACAGAAAGUGAGACUGAUCUCUCUGUGAGGAGAUGAUUGAUAGUCUGACCGACUAGAGUGAAUGUUAGUCGUGUAUUAGCUAUCCCUCUCCCUCCCUUCUCCUCCCUCCUUCUAUCUCUCCCCCCUCCCAUAUGUAUCAAAGCUUCACAUCUUCUCCGGUCUCUUUCCCCUCCCUCCCUCCCUCCCUCCCUCCCUCCCUCCCUCCCUCCCUCCCUCCCUCCCUCCCUCCCUCCCUCCCUUCUCCUUCGUCUUUCUCUCCCUUUUCCUCCCUCUUUCUCUCCCUUCUCCUCCCACUUCCUCUCCCUUCUCCUCCCUCCCUCCUUCCCUCCCACCCCUUCACGUUUUCCCCGGUCUCUCUCUGAGCUCCCCAGGAGGCCUUAUAUAGCUGUAGGGCUGUCUUGCUCAGCUCCCCACCCCAACGCCAGUUCAGUUCAGUCUCAGUCUCUCUUAUAAAUACCCCUGCUCAGACUAAUAUGGAAGUGCCUUGGAGGUAUCGGAUGGGUAGCCUGUGAUGGAGGAGGAGAAGUUGGAGUGGGCUGUGUGGGGGGGGGGGGGGGGGGGGGGGGGGGGACGACGACAGACCUUUAGUACACUAGUAUGUGGACACCCCUUCAAAUUAGUGGAUUUGGCUAUUUCAGACACACCCAUUGCUGACAGGUGUAUAAAAUCGAGCACACAGCCAUGCAAUCUCCAUAGACAAACAUUGGCAGUAGAAUGGCCCAUAAUGUAGAGCUCAGUGACUUUCAACGUGGCACUGUCAUAGGAUGCCACCUUUCCAACAAGUCAGCUUGUGAAAUUUCUGCCCUGCUAGAGCUGCCCCGGUCAACUGUAAGUGCUGUUAUUGUGAAGUGGAAAUGUCUAGGAGUAACAACAGCUCAGCCGCAAAGUGGUAGGCCACACAAGCUCACAGAACGGGACUGCCAUGUGCUGAAGCGCGUAAUGCAUAAAAAUGGUCUGUCCUCGGUUGCAACACUCACAAACUGCCUCUGGAAGCAACGUCAGCACAAGAACUGUUCGUCGGGAGCUUCAUGAAAUGGGUUUCCAUGGCCGAGCAGCCGCACAUAAGCCUAAGAUCACCAUGCGCAAUGCCAAGCAUCGGCUGGAAUGGUGUAAAGUUCGCCGCCAUUGGACUCUGGAGCAGUGGAAACACAUUCUCUGGAGUGAUGAAUCAUGCUUCACCAUCUGGCAGUCCGACAGACAAAUCUGGGUUUGGCGGAUGCCAGGAGAACGCUACCUGCCCGAAUGCAUAGUGCCAACUGUAAAGUUUGGUAGAGGAGGAAUGAUGGUCUGGGGCUGUUUUUCAUGGUUAGGCCCCUUAGUUCCAGUGAAGGGAAAUCUUAAAGCUACAGCAUACAAUGACAUUCUAGAUGAUUCUGUGCUUCCAACUUUGUGGCAACAGUUUGGGGAAGGCCCUUUCCUGUUUCAGCAUGACAAUGCCCCCGUGCACAAAGCGAGGUCCAUACAGAAAUGGUUUGUCGAGAUAGGUGUGGAAGAACUUGACUGGCCUGCACAGAGCCCUGACCUCAACCCCAUUGAACACCUUUGGGAUGAAUUGGAACGCCGACUGAAAGCCAGGCCUAAUCACCCAACAUGGGUGCCCGACCUCACUAAUGCUCUUGUGGCUGAAUGGAAGCAAGUUCCCACACCAAUGUUCCAACAUCUAGUGGAAAGCCUUCCCAGAAGAGUGGAGGUUGUUAUAGCAGCAAAGGGGGUACCAACUUAAUGCCCAUGAUUUAGAAAUUAGAUGUGCGACGAGCAGGUGUCCACAUGCUUUUGGUCAUGUAGUGUAUCUUUGCUUGAACCACUACUGGAGUGGGCUAUAUCAGCUAAUCAUCGCUAAUGUGGGCUGGAUGAAUCAGCUAGUUAGCGAGGCUAUGCUGUCAAAACAAGCUAGUCUUCACUUGUUUUAAAUUUGUUCUGCUACUGACAAGCAGUUGAACUGCAGUUGCCCCUUUCCCUCACCAUGAGACCACACAUGCUAGCAACUCCAAAGUAACUUACUACUGGCGAUAUUUAUUUCAAACUCACCACUGUGAGUCGGUGGGUAGCUCAUGCAUGCUACUAGGAUGCAAUGCACUGCCGCGUUCGCGGUGGCAGAAGGGCGGGGAUAGGACUUUUUUCAAGAUUAAUGGGUUUAUGAGAACUGAUCUACUUUGAUAAGCAAUUCGUUGCAUUUAAAGUUACAAGAGAUAAGAGACUAAAAAUACAAUAAAAAGUAAAUCCUUUUUUUUAAACGCCACCAAUCAAAACUGCACUUUGUCCUUAGGAGGGCAAAUACUUUGUGAAUACAGGCCCUGAACUAUAGCCUUUCAGUAUGUUGUUGAAAGAGUAGUUGUGCUUAUUCUGAAUCUCAGUUGUCUGUUGAAGUUGGAUUGUUCUGUACUCUGCGUCUUGACCUGUCAGCAUCUCUGUGUUCUAUUGACUGUCCUGUAUGGUGGAAGUAUUCUGCAAUCUAUAUACUGUCCUGUGAUGUAAUGACCAAAUGUCCUAAUAUACACUGAGUGUACAAAACAUUAGGAAACUUGCUCUUUCCAUGACAUAGAUUGUCUAGUUGAAUCCAGUAGAAAGCUAUUAUCACUUUAUGAUGUCACUUGUUAAAUCCACUUCAAUCAGUGUAGCUGAAGGGGAGGAGACAAGUUAAAGAAGGAUUUUUAAGCCUUGAGACAACUGAGACAUGGAUUGUGCGUGUGUGCCAUUCAGAGGGUGAAUUGGCAAGACAAAAGAUUUAAGUGCCUUUAAACUGGGUAUGGUAGUUUGUGCCAGGCGCACCGGUUUGAGUGCGUCAAGAACUGCAAUGCUGCUGGAUUUUUCAUGCUCAACAGUUUCCCGUUUGUAUCAAGAAUGGUCCAACACCCAAAGGACAUCCAGCCAACUUGACCCAACUGUGGGAAGCAAUGGAGUCAACAUGGGACAGCAUCCCUGUGGAACGCUUUCGACACCUUGUAGAGUCCAUGCCCUGACGAAUUGAGGCUAUUCUGAGGGCAAAAGGGGGUGCAACUAACAUACUACAUUUGAUAAAGUACGACUGGGGUUUAUAUAUAAAUGCCUGGAGCAUUUCAAUUUUGGACCAUCUCUUAUAAAUUGGGUUAAAAUCAUGUAUAGUAACCCUAGGUGUAAAAUAGUAAAUAAUGGCUAUUUCUCUGAAAGUUUUAAACUGUCAAGAGGAGUGAAACAAGGUUGUCCACUAUCGGCAUAUCUAUUUAUUAUUGCCAUUGAGAUGUUAGCUAUUAAAAUCAGAUCCAACAAUAAUAUCAAGGGAUUAGAAAUCCAGGGCUUAAAAACAAAGGUGUCAUUGUACGCUGAUGAUUCAUGUUUUCUUUUAAAUCCGCAAAUUGAAUCCCUCCACAGCCUCAUAGAGGAUCUAGAUACAUUUUCUAACCUCUCUGGAUUACAACCAAAUUAUGAUAAAUGUACUAUAUUGCGCAUUGGAUCACUAAAAAAUACAAUUUUUACAUUACCAUGUAGUUUACCAAUAAAAUGGUCUGAUGGUGAUGUGGAUAUACUCGGAAUACAUAUCCCAAAUGAAAUAAAUGGUCUCACUCCCCAGAAAAUGUAUAGAAAGUUAGCAAAAAUAGAUAAGAUCAUGCUACCAUGGAAAGGUCAAUACCUUUCAAUUUGUGGAAAAAUCACCCUGAUGAACUCUUUAGUAUUAUCCCAGUUUACCUAUUUGCUUGUGGUCUUGCCUACGCCUAGCGAACAGUUUUUAAAAUUAUAUGAGAAAAAAAUAGUCCAUUUUAUUUGGAACGACAAGCCAGACAUUUUUUUACGGGCCUGUUUAUAUAAUUAAUAUGAAUUAGGAGGACAGAAAUUAUUAAAUAUUAAAGCAUUAGACCUAUCACUAAAAGCUUCAGUCAUACAAAAAUUAUACUUAAAUCCGAACUGGUUCUCUAGCAAACUAGUAAGAUUGUCUCACCCAAUGUUCAAGAAGGGAAUUUUUCCCUUUAUUCAGAUUACAACCCCUGACUUUCAGGUAUUUGAAAAGGAAAUAAUCUCCCAAAUAUCACUAUUUCUAAAACAAGCCAUAGAAAGUUGGUUGCUAUUUCAAUUUAAUCCUCCAGAAAAAAAAAACGUUAUUUUUGGAAGAAAAAAAAAAGGUAUAAUCUUCGUAAAUGAUAUUAUCGGUAGGAAUGGUGGAGUUAUGUCGCACAUGCAGCUAACAAAAACAUAUGGAAAUGUCUGCUCUACCCAAAAUUACAACCAAAUAAUUGCAGCAUUACCGCAAAAAUGGAAGAGGAAAGUGGAAGGAGGAAAAAGUAAGGAACUUGUCUGUCGACCUUGCAUUAUAGAACAUAAUUGGUUAAAGAAAAUUGUGAUAAAUAAAAAAGUUUACCAGUUUCAUUUAAGGACCAAAAGAUUGACAGCCGUCCCAUUUAGAUUGCAAAAUAGUUGGGAAGAGAUUUUUGACGUACCGAUUCCAUGGCAUAGUGUUUAUGAACGGAUACGCAAAACGACGCCUGAUUCAAAACUUGGAAUUUUUCAAUUUAAAUUAUUAUAUAAAAUUCUUGCUAACAAUAGAAUGUUAUUUGUAUGGGGGAUACAAUCUUCCCAGCUCUGCAGAUUUGGCUGUGAAGAGACAGAAUCAUUAGAUCAUUUGUUUUGGUACUGUCCAUUUGUAGCUUGUUUCUGGACACAGGUCCAGGAAUGGCUGAAGGAUUGCAAUAUUUGCAUGGAGCUGACCCUGCUGGGUGAUCUGAAAAGUAAUAGUCAAUCGAUCAAUAAUAUAAUAAUACUUUUAGCAAAAAAAUGUAUUUGCAAUUCACAAACUGUAGAAACAAUGAGAAUAGAAAGGUUCAGAACUUUUGUAAAACAUCACAGUACAGUUGAAAAAUAUAUGGCAAAUAGAAAUCCAAUAUGGAUGGUGUUAAGAGAUAGAUGGGAGGUGUUGAAUGGAGCUGAAGGAUGGGACUAAUAACAACAACCAAUAACAACUAGAUAACUAGUGUAAGACAUGCUGUGUCCAUAAUAAGUAUAUAGGUUAUAUAUUGUGAGCUUUUGUGAAAGAGCACAGUUAGAAAGAUAUGGCAUAUAGAAGCAUACCAGAUGGACAUCAUGAAAAUGAUCGGAGGAAGUUCAGGAGUAAAAACAAACAAAAUAUAAUUAUUGACUGUGUCCAUAAAAUGUAUAUAGUAUGUAUAAGCAUGAAGUAGAAGCCUAAGCAUUGUUGUUCACUAGUUUACUCCAAUUAGGGAAGGUAUGGUGGGGUUGGAAAGUAAUAAAGGGAAAUAUAUAUAUUUUUAAAGGAUAUUUAUGUAUAUAUAUAUGUAUGUAUAUGCGUAUAUGUAUGUAUGUGUAUGUAUGUGUAUAUAUAUAUAUAUAUAUAUAUAUAUAUACAGUGGGGGGGAAAAAGUAUUUGAUCCCCUGCUGAUUUUGUACGUUUGCCCACUGACAAAGAAAUGAUCUGUCUAUAAUUUUAAUGGUAGGUUUAUUUGAACAGUGAGAGACAGAAUAACAACAACAAAAUCCAGAAAAACGCAUGUCAAAAAUGUUAUAAAUUGAUUUGCAUUUUAAUGAGGGAAAUAAGUAUUUGACCCCCUCUCAAUCACAAAGAUUUCUGGCUCCCAGAUGUCUUUUAUACAGGUAAGGAGCUGAAAUUAGGAGCACACUCUUAAAGGGAGUGCUCCUAAUCUCAGCUUGUUACCUGUAUAAAAGACACCUGUCCACAGAAGCAAUCAAUCAAUCAGAUUCCAAACUCUCCACCAUGGCCAAGACCAAAGAGCUCUCCAAGGAUGUCAGGGACAAGAUUGUAGACCUACACAAGGCUGGAAUGGGCUACAAGACCAUCGCCAAGCAGCUUGGUGAGAAGGUGACAACAGUUGGUGCGAUUAUUCGCAAAUGGAAGAAAAACAAAAGAACUGUCAAUCUCCCUCGGCCUGGGGCUCCAUGCAAGAUCUCACCUCAUGGAGUUGCAAUGAUCAUGAGAACGGUGAGGAAUCAGCCCAGAACUACACGGGAGGAUCUUGUCAAUGAUCUCAAGGCAACUGGGACCAUAGUCACCAAGAAAGCAAUUGGUAACACACUACACCGUGAAGGACUGAAAUCCUGCAGCGACCGCAAGGUCCCCCUGCUCAAGAAAGCACAUAUACAUGCCCCGUCUGAAGUUUGCCAAUGAACAUCUGAAUGAUUCAGAGGAGAACUGGGUGAAAGUGUUGUGGUCAGAUGAGACCAAAAUGGAGCUCUUUGGCAUCAACUCAGCUCGCCGUGUUUGGAGGAGGAAGAAUGCUGCCUAUGACCCCAAGAACACCAUCCCCACCAUCAACCAUGGAGGUGGAAACAUUAUGCUUUGGGGGUGUUUUUAUGCUAAGGGCACAGGACAACUUCACUGCAUCAAAGGGACUAUGGAUGGGGCCAUGUACCGUCAAAUCUUGGGUGAGAACCUCCUUCCCUCAGCCAGGGCAUUGAAAAUGAGUCGUGGAUGGGUAUUCCAGCAUGACAAUGACCCAAAACACACGGCCAAGGCAACAAAGGAGUGGCUCAAGAAGAAGCACAUUAAGGUCCUGGAGUGGCCUAGCCAGUCUCCAGACCUUAAUCCCAUAGAAAAUCUGUGGAGGGAGCUGAAGGUUCGAGUUGCCAAACAUCAGGCUUGAAAACUUAAUGACUUGGAGAAGAUCUGCAAAGAGGAGUGGGACAAAAUCCCUCCUGAGAUGUGUGCAAACCUGGUGGCCAACUACAAGAAACGUCUGACCUCUGUGAUUGCCAACAAGGGUUUUGCCACCAAGUAUUAAGUCAUGUUUUGCAGAGGGGUCAAAUACUUAUUUCCCUCAUUAAAAUGCAAAUCAAUUUAUAACAUUUUUGACAUGCGUUUUUCUGGAUUUUUUUGUUGAUAUUCUGUCUCUCACUGUUCAAAUAAACCUACUAUUAGAAUUAUAGACUGAUCAUGUCUUUGUCAGUGGGUAAAUGUACAAAAUCAGCAGGGGAUCAAAUACUUUUUUCCCUCACUGUAUAUAUAUAUGCGAGAAAAAAAUAUAUAUCUGCAAUAUUAAAGCUGAUCUACCCCCUAAAAAAUAAAAUAAACAGAAAUUUUUUAAAAAUAUACUAACAUACAAAAAUGAAUGACGACGUAGUAAAAUUGCCAAGCAUAGUAGUGGAUAAGUAUCCAGAUUAGAGCACACUAUUAAAAGUAAUAUAGUGACUAGGCACAAUAUGUUAGUGUGGACAUUGGGACACAUACACUCUGUGUUAUGCUUUGUUUAAGGUUCAAUCAAAAACGCAUUGUUGACAAUGCACCUUACAAAGGACAUUUCCAGACGUUCGUGGAGAUCGCAUUCACGGUCUGUGGAUGUUGGCUCAAGUGUAAAUUACUUGACCUUUAAAAGUCAAGUGCAGUGUGCUUGUCGAGGAUGCCCCUUCAGUUGAAUCCCAGCCUAUAUGUGAAUGUCAUGUGCUAAAGCAAGACUUCUCUCUACAGUUACUCACCAGUCCAGCCGCCCUGACGUACCAGGUAUGUUCAGGCCCUCAAAACAACCCCCUAGAAAGCUACUGCCCUACAGCAACCCCUCAGCAGCUUUCUUUCAAUGCUCUGUGACUGUGUAUGUCCCAAAUGGCACCCUAUUCUCUAAUUAUUGCUCUACAUUUGACCAGAGCCGUAGGGCCCAGGUCAAAAGUAGUGCACGAUAUAGGAAAUAGGUUGCCAUUUGGGAGGCAGACUAUGAUUGUGCAUCUAUGGACUGCAGUAGGGAAUGAAAUGUUGCAAGUAAAGCUGUCCUAUACUCACCAUAGCUGAAAAAGAAGUAAGCAAAACAAAUUAUAUAGGUUACAGAUGGUCUAACCGCUUCAUCCUUUCAUUCAUUUGUUUGUUUGUUCGUUCGUCCUUCCACCCACCCAUCCAUCCAUCCAUCCAUCCAUCCAUCCAUCCAUCCAUCCAUCCAUCCAUCCAUCCAUCCAUCCAUCCAUCCAUCCAUCCAUCCAUCCAUCCAUCCAUCCAUCCAUCCAUCCAUCCAUCCAUCCAUCCAUCCAUCCAUCCACCCACCCAUUCCUUUAACAAAUUUAAGCAAAACAGAGAUGCUGGCCGCAAGGCAUUGCUUGACAAGAGAGCAGAACUUGUCCCAUUGGCUUUACUGUAAACCAAAUCCACAUGAUAGUGGCCAUCUUGGUUUAGCGGCCAUCUUGCUGCCAAAUUCAGGGUUGCUGUGGAAGGCUGGUUUGGCUGAGGUGGAGUUGAGGCUUGGGCCGAACCAUGACCUGGCUCAUAAGGGUGUAAACAUUGCCUAGCUGACUGUUUCCGUGAGUUGGUGUUAUCUGAGCUGGACAUAUUAAUGAACAUCUUUUAAUGGAUAUUGGCUGCUUUUAAAUGAUACCUAUUCUGCAAUGAAAGAGUACAAUGUUUUUUCUACUGAUGAAUUGUGUUUCAUAUAUUGCCAUAGAUUGGUGGUGUCUAGUGGAUAAAAGGAGAACAAAACGUGUGUCUCUCUGUGUGCAAGUGUAUGUUUGCGAGUAUGUGUUAGUGAGUUUGCGUAUGUAGGCAAUAACCACACAGUAUGCAAGUUUACGUUCCCAAAGCGUGAGCCCUUCUCCUUUCUGCUGCCCACUGCACCUGUCGUGACCACGUCUUUUCCCAUCGACACACUCACACUAUGUCCCACACCCCCGCCCCCACCCUUUUCAUCUCUCUGCCCUUUCAUUGGCCGGGCUAGCUGUCCGUCAAUGGGUCCAGUUUCACACAGAUUUAGAAAGUGCAAGGCAGCGCUCUAGGACAGUUGCUUUUAAGGCCUUGAAAGUAGGAGGAAAUACCAUGGAUGGGGGGUGGGAGUGGGGGUCCUUACAUAGAGUAUGUGGGAAAUAUAUUUUUCAUUCAGGCAAGCAGAGGGCAGUACGGUCAUAUGUGUCUAGGACUGGACUGGAAUGCUGAGCACCUCAUUCUUAAGUGAGGGACGGCACAGCUAUAAACAUAGACUAAGCAAAUAGGAACCUCUUUCAAGCUGAACAGGCGGUUUGGGGGGGACUGUGUUGGCUUACACACAUAUCUACUCAGUUCUAAAUCAACCCCAUGUCCCUAUAGGCACUUGUGUAGAUCUGAAAUGAUAUGAUAGGUAUAAGCAAUAUGGUGAAGAUUCCACCUAGCCUAUCAGAGGGCAAGGUUGAGCUACUAAGAUAUUGCUUAUAGCUAUCAGAUCUUUUCAGGUUCGUUCAGUGCACAAAUAGGGCUAGUGAUCGAUUUGAAAUGGAGCGAUAAACAGACAUUAGGAGGUGGGCUCUAAUACUGCUCUUUCUUUCUUUCUUUCUUUCUUUCUUUCUUUCUUUCUUUCUUUCUUUCUUUCUUUCUUUCUUUCUUUCUUUCUUUCUUUCUUUCUUUCUUUCUUUCUUUCUUUCUUUCUUUCUCUCCUCUGCAGCUUGCAGCCCAGGUUCUGGAUGAUAUUGACGAUGAAGACAUUGGAUUCGGCCUUGUGGAUGAGAAGAAGGACCUCUCUGUUGCCAAGAAGCUGGGUAAGACCUCACUCAUCUCUUCACCCCCUUUUCAUCAUCAUUCAAAUGUCAGUGCUUCAGUCUGACUUCACAUGAAAUCCUGAUCUUUCCUGCCCUCUUCUGGCCCUGGUUGAGGGCCGUAGCUAUAGUCAUGAAAUGUUAUGGUCAUGAUACAUGGUCAGGAAAUACUCAGGGCCCUAGAGAUCAGACACAUACAGUAAAUACCUCAGGAUCACCCACAGGACAUUAUUCAGCCACCAGAGAGCUGUAUUGGUCUAGAGACAUCCCUAGCAGAGAUCUAAGUCUCUAACUUUCAGUGUCUAACUAACUUGCUGCUUCUCUAUAUAAUUUCUGUCUCUUUUCAUAUAUAUCUUAUCCUUUUCUCGUGGGUCUCGUAGCCAGUGGUAGAGCACGGCGCUUGUAAAACCAGGGCGCGACCGGGGGGGGGACUCAUGGGCGGCGCCACAAUUGGCCAGCGUGUCCAGGGUAGGGGAGGGAAUGGCCGGCAGGGGUGUAGCUGUUUAUAGAGGGCGUUUGCAACGGCAGGGUUGUGGGUUCGAUUCCCACGGGGGGCCAGUAUAAAAAAAUAAAUAAAAUGUAUUCACUAACUGUAAGUCGCUCUGGAUAAGAGCGUCUGCUAAAUGACUAAAAUGUAAAUGUAAAAAUGUAGUGGGUUUGAUCCCCGGGACCACCCAUACACAAAAUAAUGUAUGCACGCAUGACUGUAAGUCGCUUUGGAUAAAAGCGUCUGCUAAAUGGCUUAUUAUUACUGCCACUGCCCUCGGCGAAUAAAAGUCUAAGAGGGUCAGUCACCGGUAUGCAAUAAAACAAUAAAGGCAUUCUACUUCAAGAGGGAGGCAUUUACAUGAUGAUUAUAUAGUGUAUAUAUAAAAAAAUACAUUGUUUUACAAUCGAGGUCAAAGACUCCUUUUUGAUAUACUUAUCAGUAUGAGUCAUGCAACUUUAAAUGGUUAAGCCUACAGGGGUAGAACUUGGUUCAGGCAAUAAACAACAUUGGCUGGACGGAAUUCAUUCAAUCUCAGAUAACGUGGUAAACCACAUUGCAGGUUUACUCAGAAUUUUUGCACUGUAUUUUAAGGCCAAGUAGGGUUUCAAGCCAAAAUUCAAUAUCCAAUGAAAAAAUUUCUCUGCAAGAAGAAUGGCUUGCAGUUACCAACUAACUUGCCCCAUUGCUUCCCUAGCACCUAUUUCUGACCUUUUGGGCUAGAAAUCCUUACCUGUCCCCCCUAAACUUAAGCCCCUAAUCAGAGUUCCUAACCUGUCCGAUAAACCCUAGCCCCUAAGUAGAGUUUCCUAACCUGUCUUCUAAACACUAGCCCCUAAUCAGAGUUCCUAACCUGUCCGCUAAACACUAGCCCCUAAUCAGAGUUCCUAACCUGUCCGAUAAACCCUAGCCCCUAAGUAGAGUUUCCUAACCUGUCCGCUAAACACUAGCCCCUAAUCAGAGUUCCUAACAUGUCCGCUAAACACUAGCCCCUAACCAGAGUUUCAAACCUGUCCCAUUCCGCCUCGAGCCCCCAUCCCUUUCUUAGUCCCUAGCCCCUAAAGAAAGUCUCUAACCUGUCCUUCUCUUAUAUCCCAGGUCUGGAUGAGGUGGAGAGCAUCUAUAUCUUUGUCGAUAAUGAGAUAAUUGAGUACGAUGGUGAGCUGGCCGCUGACACCCUGGUGGAGUUCCUCUAUGACGUGAGUAACUGUUAUAACAUUAUAUAGUUAUUUUGGCUGCAGUUAUUUGGUUGUAACUUUACUAAAGUGCUCUUACUCUGUGUAAACACUAAAUUAUAAUUACAAUGAUUAAUACAAUGUAUUAUUACAAUCUAUUUCCAGCAAACUUAACAUGUGUAAAUAUUUGUAUGAACAUAACAAGAUUCAACAACUGAGACAUAAACUGAACAAGUUCCACAGACAUGUGACUAACAGAAAUUGAAUAACGUGUCCCUGAACAAAGGGGGGGGGGGUCAAAAGUAACAGUCAGUAUCUGGUGCUGUAUCUGCAUCUCCUCCUCAUGGACUGCACCAGAUUUUACAGUUCUUGCUGUGAGAUGUUACCCCACUCUUCCACCAAGGCACAUGCAAGUUCCCUGACAUUUCUGGGGGGAAUGGCCCUAGCCCUCACCCUCUGAUCCAACAGGUCCCAUAAGUGCUCAAUGGGAUUGCGAUCCGGGCUCUUCGCUGGCCAUGGCAGAACACUGACAUUCCUGUCUUGUAGGAAAUCACGCACAGAACGAGCAGUGUGGCUGGUGGCAUUGUCAUGCUGGAGGGUCAUGUCAGGAUGAGCCUGCAGAAAGGGUACCACAUGAGGGAGGAGGAUAUCUUCCCUGUAACGAACAGCGUUGAGAUUGCCUGCAAUGACAACAAGCUCAGUCCGAUGAUGCUGUGACACACCGCCCCAGACCAUGACAGAUCCUGCACCUCCAAAUCGAUCCCGCUCCAGGCCUCAGUCUAACGCUCAUUCCUUCGACGAUAAACGCAAAUCCGACCAUCACCCCUGGUGAGACAAAACCGCGACUUGUCAGUGAAGAGCACUUUUUGCCAGUCCUGUCUGGUCCAGCGACGGUGGGUUUGUGCCCAUAGGCGACAUUGUUGCUGGUGAUGUCUGGUGAGGACCUGCCUUACAACAGGCCUACAAGCCCUCAGUCCAGCCUCUCUCAGCCUAUUGCGGACAGUCUGAGCACUGAUGGAGGGAUUGUGUGUUCCUGGUGUAACUCGGGCAGUUGUUGUUGUUGCCAUCCUGUACCUGUCCCGCAGGUGUGAUGUUCGGAUGUACCGAUCCUGUGCAGGUGUUGUUACAUGUGGUCUGCCACUGCGAGGACGAUCAGCUGUCCGUCCUGUCUCUCUGUCGCACUGUCUUAGGCGUCUCACAGUACGGACAUUGCAAUUUAUUGCCCUGGCCACAUCUGCAGUCCUCAUGCCUCCUUGCAGCAUGCCUAAGGCACGUUCACGCAGAGAGCAGGGACCAUAACUAUGACCUUAAUUGCCUACCGUCUGUAAGCUGUUAGUGUCUUAACGACCGUUCCACAGGUGCAUGUUCAUUAAUUGUUUAUGGUUCAUUGAACAAGCAUGGGACACAGUGUUUAAACCCUUUACAAUGAAGAUCUGUGAAGGUAUUUGGAUUUUUACGAAUUAUCUUUGAAAGACAGGGUCCUGAAAAAGGGACGUUUCUUUUUUUGCUGAGUUUAUAUUGUCAAAUCUCUUCUAAUCUGCUCCUCACAUAAAUCUCCCCACCUCUUCUCCCUCUUUCUUUACCUCUCUCCUCCUUCUCCCUGUGUCUCUUCCACUCUGCAGGUGAUUGAGGACCCUGUGGAGAUCAUUGAUAAUGAGCGUGAGCUCAAGGGCUUCCAUAAUAUUGAUGAAGACAUCAAGCUGGUCGGCUACUUCAAGAGUGAGAAAUCCCCCCGUAAGUACAGCCAAUCAACUCUGCAAGAAAGACCAGAGAAAUCAUGACUAAAGUUGCUUGGAUAUGGAAAGCUAGCCUGGUCCCAUAACUGUUUGUGCUGUCAUGCCAACUCAUGUGGUCAUUGUCACACAAUUGUCACAAACAGAUCUGGGAUCAGGCUAAUGGGAUGCUAGUCACAACACCUACAGUCGUGGUCAAAGGUUUUGAGAAUGACACAAAUACUAAUUUUCACAAAGUCUGCUGCCUCAGUUUUGAUGAUGGCAAUUUGCAUAUACUCCAGAAUGUCAUGAAGAGUGAUCAGAUGAAUUGCAAUUAAUUGCAAAGUCCCUCUUUGCCAUGAAAAUUAACUUAAAUCCCCAAAAAACAUUUCCACUGCAUUUCAGCCCUGCCACAAAAGGACCAGCUGCCAUCAUGUCAUUGAUUCUCUCGUUAACACAGGUGAGAGUGUUGAUGAGGACAAGGCUGGAGAUCACUCUGUCAUGCUGAUUGAGUUAGAAUAACAGACUGGAAACUUCUAAAGGAGGGUGGUGCUUGAAAUCAUUGUUCUUCCUCUGUUAACCAUGGUUACCUGCAAAGAAACACAUACCAUCAUCAUUGCUUUGCACAAAAAGGGCUUCACAGGCAAGGAUAUUGCUGCUAGUAAGAUUGCACCUAAAUCAACCAUUUAUCGGAUCAUCAAGAACUUCAAGGAGAGCGGUUCAAUUGUUGUGAAGAAGGCAUCAGGGUGCCCAAGAAAGUCCAGCAAGCGCCAGGACCAUCUCCUAAAGUUGAUUCAGCUGCGGGAUCGGGGCACCACCAAGUGCAGAGCUUGCUCAGGAAUGGCAGCAGGCAGGUGUGAGUGCAUCUGCACGUACAGUGAGGCAAAUACUUUUGGAGGAUGGCCUGGUGUCAAGAAGGGCAGCAAAGAAGCCACUUCUCUCCAGGAAAAACAUCAGGGACAGACUGAUAUUCUGCAAAAGGUAUAGGGAUUGGACUGCUGAGGACUGGGGUAAAUUCAUUUUCUCUGAUGAAUCCCCUUUCCGAUUGUUUGGGGCAUCCGGAAAACACCUUGUCCGGAGAAGACAAGGUGAGCUCUACCAUCAGUCCUGUGUCAUGCCAACAGUAAAGCAUCCUGAGACCAUUCGUGUGGGGUUGCUUCUCAGCCAAGGGAGUGGGCUCACUCACAAUUUUGCCUAAGAACACAGCCAUGAAUAUAGAAUGGUACCAACACAUCCUCCGAGAGCAACUUCUCCCAACCAUCCAAGAACAGUUUGGUGACGACCAAUGCCUUUUCCAGCAUGAUGGAGCGCCUUGUCAUAAGGCAAAAGUGAUAACUAAGUGGCGCGGGGAACAAAACAUCAACAUUUUGGGUCCAUGGCCAGGAAACUCCCCAGACCUUAAUCUCAUUGAGAACUUGUGGUCAAUCCUCAAGAGGUGGGUGGACAAACAAAAACCCACAAAUUCUGACAAACUCCAAGCAUUGAUUAUGCAAGAAUGGGCUGCCAUCAGUCAGGAUGUGGCCCAGAAAUUAAUUGACAGCAUGCCUGGGCGGAUUGCAGAGGUCUUGAAAAAGAAGGGUCAACACUGCAAAUAUUGACUCUUUGCAUAAACUUUAUGUAAUUGUCAAUAAAAGCCUUUGACACUUAUGGAAUGCUUGUAAUUAUACUUCAGUAUACCAUAGUAACAUCUGACAAAAAUAUCUCAUAAGCAGCGAACUUUGUGAAGACCAAUACUUGUCAGUCUCAAAACCUUUGACCACGACUGUACAGUAUUUUUGUGAACCACAUACAGGUACUGCUGUAUUCUGACAAUUUCCUCUUAUCAAGUAUGUCAAGAGGAAUCUCACAUUAGGUUAAUGUUAUUUUUCUCUUUUACAGACUUCAUUGAGUAUGACGAUGCUGCCGAGGAGUUCCACCCCUUCAUCAAGUUCUUCGCCACCUUUGACGCCAAGGUAUGCGACCGCGGAGGGCUGAAUUCGAUUCAGCUAUAUUCUAAACUCCAUUCUGGAAAAUUGCCAUUGAACCCACUGCAAACUGACCCUUCGUACGUUGUAUAAUUUUUUGUUGUUUCAAAUUGUAAACAUAAGUUACCACAAUGCCUUCACGUUUUAAGUUAAGUCUACUCAAGAAAUCAAGUUUAGUCCACAAAAAGUAAUUUUUGUUACAUUACAAGAAACAACUUUUGUCAGUGAGGUAACUCAUCUUUUUAAGUUCAAACACAGAUUUUUGACAGCCGAACUGAUGGUCUUUGUCCCCAUCCAGAUUGCCAAGAAGCUGAAGAUGAAAUUGAACGAGGUUGACUUCUAUGAACCCUUCAUGGAGGAGCCAGUGACCAUCCCAGGACAGCCCUACACUGAGGCUGAGCUUGUAGACUACAUCGAGGAGCAUGACAGGUGAGUUUGGCCCUACAGGACAGCUGACCUACAAUGCAAAGCCAGAAGUCCUAUGGUAUGUUAUGAGGUGAUUUACUUCACACAUGUAGACAAAAUGCGGUUCAAACUACAUUACUUGUUUUUCCUGGCCUCUGUGCUCUUGCUUCUGCCUUUCCUUGCUUGCUCUUGGGGUCUAGGCCGGGUUGCUGUAAAAGUACUCCUGAUGUAAAAAGGGCUUUAUGAAUAAAUGUGAUUGAUUGACUGCUGUCAUUCUCAUUCCAGGCCCACUCUGAGGAAGCUCGAGCCCCACAGCAUGUACGAGACCUGGGUAAGAUGUCUUCCUCACUAUUGAACCGGAACUAUACAGUAAGCCUAUUUUUCAUGGAGAUGUACAGUAGGCCGGAGUCUCAUCCCUUUCUUUCUUUCUUGUUUCUUUCUUUCUUUCUUUCUUUCUUUCUUUGUUUCUUUGUUUCUUUCUUUCUUUCUUUCUUUCUUUCUUUCUUCUUUCUUUCUUUCUUUCUUUCUUUCUUUCUUUCUUUCUUUCUUUCUUUCUUUCUUUCUUUCUUUCUUUCUUUCUUUCUUUUGUUCGUUCGUUCUUUUGUUAUUUCUGUCCUUCAGGAGGAUGACAUUGAUGGAGAGCACAUUGUUGCCUUUGCUGAGGAGGAUGACCCUGGUAAUGUACAUUGCACUAGGCGAAAGUAAAGUUGAAAAAAAAAAACCGGAAGUGGGAACUUAUGUUUUUCAUGCGUCUUUCUACGCCUGCUAUGUUAGGUUAGGUCAUAAAAUUGCUAGAAAAUAGUUUGAAAGGUUGAGAAUUGAAUUGUCUUUCAAUGAAGAAAGGUAGAAGGGGGGGAAAAAAAAACUACAGUACCUGACCUUUGACCUUUUCCCAGAUGGUUUUGAGUUCCUGGAGAUCCUGAAGGAGGUGGCCCGUGAGAACACUGACAACCCCGACCUCAGCAUCAUCUGGAUAGACCCAGAUGAUUUCCCCCUGGUAAGACCUGAAUAAAACGGAUGCAUAGGCGCCUGAGCAAUGGAGCAAACGGAGCAGCUGCAGACCCACUUUUAAAAUAGGUGUGCAAAAGUAUGUUUUUGCACACCUACUUUUUUAGCAGAAAAUUAUCAUGAUCCAUUGGGUAAUUUGACAUUUUUCAUAAUUAGUAAUAUUUUGAGCUAGAAAUUAAACAGAUAUGUAAAUUGUAUAUAAUAAUUAUCAGAUUGCAUUUUGCACCCCCUCCCCCAUCGCCUCAAGAUUAAUGGUUUUCACCAUUGGAAUGUUUUGCCAUGCUCCUGUGUCCUAGUGGUGGAUAAAGUACUCAAUUGUCAUACUUAUGUAAAAGUAAAGAUACCUUAAUAGAAAAUUACUCAAGUGAAAGUCACCCAGUAAAAUAAUACUUGAGUAAAAGUUGAAAAGUAUUUGGUUUGAAAUAUACUUAAGUAUCUUAAGUAAAAGUAGUUAAAAAUAUAAAUAGUAAAGUAAAGUACAGGUACCCCAAAAAAACUACUUAAGUAGUACUUUAAAGUAUUUUUACUUAAGUACUUUACACCACUGCCCCCGUGCCACUGCUUUGGUUCAGUACAUUUUAACUAGUUGCACCAGCACCAUCGAUGAAAAGGCACCUGCAAUUUUAAAAGAAAUCUGUUUUGUUGUGCUGUUGUUAUAUUUGUAUUGUUGUUUCAUGUCCGAUGCACUCAGGUUGUGUUGUUACAUAUCAUUUGAGUGGUGCACCACAAGCAAAUUCAUUCUAUCCUUUCACUUCACUUGUGAAAUUUUGGAGGAAAAGCGGUAAUGUGCUUGCUUUUGUUAUUCCUCAUACUUUUCAUGAUUACUGUUUUUCACGAUUUGUUGUCAAAUACGUAGCCUACUCACUGUGGUGUGUUGUUCAAAAGGCCACUAUUAAACAGAAUGAGAAUUUAAAUAUUUGAAAAUAAUUGAUAGUGGGCAUAGCCUAGUCCUGUAACUGCAGGCCACAUGCAGUGGGGGAAAAAAGUAUUUAGUCAGCCACCAAUUGUGCAAGUUCUCCCACUUAAAAAGAUGAGAGAGGCCUGUAAUUUUCAUCAUAGGUACACGUCAACUAUGACAGACAAAAUUAGAAGAAAAAAAUCUAGAAAAUCACAUUGUAGGAUUUUUAAUGAAUUUAUUUGCAAAUUAUGGUGGAAAAUAAGUAUUUGGUCAAUAACAAAAGUUUCUCAAUACUUUGUUAUAUACCCUUUGUUGGCAAUGACACAGGUCAAACGUUUUCUGUAAGUCUUCACAAGGUUUUCACACACUGUUGCUGGUAUUUUGGCCCAUUCCUCCAUGCAGAUCUCCUCUAGAGCAGUGAUGUUUUGGGGCUGUCGCUGGGCAACACGGACUUUCAACUCCCUCCAAAGAUUUUCUAUGGGGUUGAGAUCUGGAGACUGGCUAGGCCACUCCAGGACCUUGAAAUGCUUCUUACGAAGCCACUCCUUCGUUGCCCGGGCAGUGUGUUUGGGAUCAUUGUCAUGCUGAAAGACCCAGCCACGUUUCAUCUUCAAUGCCCUUGCUGAUGGAAGGAGAUUUUCACUCAAAAUCUCACGAUACAUGGCCCCAUUCAUUCUUUCCUUUACACGGAUCAGUCGUCCUGGUCCCUUUGCAGAAAAACAGCCCCAAAGCAUGAUGUUUCCACCCCCAUGCUUCACAGUAGGUAUGGUGUUCUUUGGAUGCAACUCAGCAUUCUUUGUCCUCCAAACACAACGAGUUGAGUUUUUACCAAAAAGUUAUAUUUUGGUUUCAUCUGACCAUAUGACAUUCUCCCAAUCCUCUUCUGGAUCAUCCAAAUGCACUCUAGCAAACUUCAGAUGGGCCUGAACAUGUACUGGCUUAAGUAGGGGGACACGUCUUUCACUGCAGGAUUUGAGUCCCUGGUGGCGUAGUGUGUUACUGAUGGUAGGCUUUGUUACUUUGGUCCCAGCUCUCUGCAGGUCAUUCACUAGGUCCCCCCGUGUGGUUCUGGGAUUUUUGCUCACCGUUCUUGUGAUAAUUUUGACCCCACGGGGUGAGAUCUUGCGUGGAGCCCCAGAUCGAGGGAGAUUAUCAGUGGUCUUGUAUGUCUUCCAUUUCCUAAUAAUUGCUCCCACAGUUGAUUUCUUCAAACGAAGCUGCUUACCUAUUGCAGAUUCAGCCUUCCCAGCCAGGUGCAGGUCUACAAUUUUGUUUCUGGUGUCCUUUGACAGUUCUUUGGUCUUGGCCAUAGUGGAGUUUG